AUGAAAGUUUCAACAAUUCCAAAGCUAGCACCAAAUUAUGUGCCAACUCCAAUGAUGAUUUUCAAUAAAGGUUCUAACGAAGACUCUAAUAGUGAAACACAUAUGGAAGAAGAAAAAAUUAAUUCUAACAAAGACUCUAAUAGUGAAACACAUAUGGAAGAAAAAAGAAUUG